AUGCCGCAAACUCUCUACCCCCGCGGCACGCUCAAAAAGAUCGUGAAAGCGCACGCCAAUCGCCCUCUAAGCAAGAACGUCGACAUUCUGAUCUACCUCAACUAUAUCCUCUUCAUGCAGGAGCUCAUGCAAGAAGCAGGCAUCAAGGCGAAGCAGUCCGGCGAGCGAGGCGUGAGCGCGAAGAGUAUCAAAAAGGUCAGGGAGGGGUGUUUGAGGAGGUGUAAGGGCUGA